AUGCAGUACAUCACUUCACUGCACUAUCGCAACAUAUCAACGGCUAAUAUGAUGGGCUUGCUUGGAGAUGCACGGUGUUGCGAUCCAAGGAGUUUGCCGUACGUGAAGACUGAUGUGACAAAUGCAAGAGCAAAGCUGCGAAGGGGCCUGUCAGAGCGUGAUUUGGAGCUGACAAUCGAGUACUUUGAGAGAAGACAAGUGGAGAAUCCCAACUUCUUUUUCUCGAAGCUAGAAGAAGAUAGAGCUGUUAGGGCGCUUUUCUGGGUUGAUGGGAGAACAAGGGCCUUGUAUCCAAAGUACAAAGAUUGUGUGUUUUUUGACACCACAUUCUGCACAAAUCGCUACAACAUGCCCUUUGCUCCGAUUGUUGGCAUUAACAACCACACACAUACUGUUUGCUUGGGGUGCGCUUUGUUGCCUGAUGAGACCAUCAAAACUUUCAAGUGGGUCUUCCAGCAAUGGAUGUUGGCAAUGAAUAACGAGCAUCCGUUGAACAUUAUGACUGAUCAAGACCAGGCAAUGGCUAAAGCCAUCUCAAUGGUAUUUCCAAAUUCAACACACAGAUGUUGCAAGUGGCACAUCUUCCGGGUUGCAAGGACGAAACUAGGGAAGAUGCUGGGCAAGGAUGAGCCUUUUGCUGAAGCAUUCUAUGGUUGCAUCAAUGAUUCAGAUACCAUUGAGGAGUUUGAAGAACGGUGGAAGCAGAUGUGGUCGAGAACAACCGGGCGGUCCGAGGGCCUGAAUUCCUACUUCAAGACUUUAAAUCAUCAUGGAGACUCGGUUUGGACAUUUGUCCAGAAGUUUGAGCUUUGCCAGGAGCUAAUGCUUGAUCGUGAAGACAAUGCUGGCUUCAUCAAUGAAGCGACGAGGCCGCCACUCUGGGGAAAUUACAACAUUGAAAAGCAAGCUGCAGAUUUCUAUACCAGAGAGGGCAGUGUUGGGGUUGCUGCAAUAAAAGCUAGAGAAACUGAUGGGGUUGCAGGAGACGAAGAAGCCCAAGGUCAUGCAAAAAAUGCACAAGUCUCAGGGGGUCCAAGUACAGGUCAGCGGGAUCCACCCCCCGUAGGACUGCGGAACCCACCAAAGUCAGAAAAGAAAGGGAGGCCAAAAGAGAAAGAGAAGCGCAGGAAGCCACUAAUUGAGAUUCGAGAAGAUGAAAUGAAGAAGAAAGCAAAGAAGGACGCAGCGAAAAUGAAGAAAGCUCCAAAGCCAAGGGAAAAGAAGACUCCAUGCAAAUAUUGUGAAGAUGAAGAUCACAACGUGAAGGAUUGCCAACUCCUUGCAGCUUUUCUUGCUGCGAGUGCGAGCGCGAAAGCUCCGGGCGUCGAAACAUUUCUUACACUUGAGGAUAUUUUCAUGAGGGAAAAAAUGAUGAAUUGCCUUGUAACACCCCAUGACUUAUGA